AUGAAUAUGUCGUUAAUACACUUGCAUCCAAAUAAAAGUGAAGAUCUUGUAAAAAUAAAACAUAAAUGUGAAGCGUUUAUGAAAGAGUGGAAAAUAGAAAAAUCUAUGGACGCAAAAGAUUUUCUUCAAAAAUUUAAGGUGUUCUUUUUUGACUGUGAUGGCGUAUUGUGGAGAGGAAAUGAAGUUAUAAAAGGAGCAGUAGAAGUUAUUGAAAAGUUAUUGAAAGAAAAUAAAAAGGUUUAUUUUAUUACAAAUAACUCAACAAAAUCAAGAGCUACGUUAUUAGAUAAAUUUCAUAAGUUAGGUUUUACUAAUGUUAAGAAAGAAAAUAUUCUUUGUACAUCAUAUGCGAUUGCUAAAUAUUUUAUUGAAAAAGAAGAAUAUGCAACUGGUAAAAAAAAAAUUUAUGUAAUAGGAGAAAAAGGGAUAUGCGAUGAAUUAGAUUCAUAUAACCUUUCAUGGUUAGGUAGCUAUAAUGAUGAUGAUAAAAAAGUAAUUAUAAAAGAUGACUUAGAAAUAAAUGUAGAUAAAAAUAUUGGAGCAGUUGUAGUUGCAAUUGAUUUUAAUAUAAAUUAUUAUAAAAUUCAAUAUGCACAUUUAUGUAUUAAUGAUUUAGAUGCUGAAUUCAUUGUAUCUAAUAAAGAUGCUACUGCAAAUUUUACGUCAAAACAAAAAUGGGCAGGUACAGGUUCUGUCGUUGCAUCUAUAGAAGCUGUGUCUCUUAAGAAGCCUCUAAUAUUAGGAAAACCAAAUUUGUUUAUGAUUGAAACGGUGUUGAAAGAUUUGAAUGUACAUUCAUCACAAAUUGUUAUGGUAGGUGAUAGACUGGAUACUGAUAUCCAUUUUGCUCAAAACUGUAAAAUCAAAUCUAUUCUUGUUUCCACAGGAGUAACUGAUUCGAACAUUUAUUUGAACCAUAAUAACUUAAAUAUCCAGCCUGACUAUUUUAUGAAGUCUAUUUCGGAAUUUUUAUAA